AUGGUGGAAAAUGGGUUAUCAAUCCUUCUGGUGGAUUAAUAUCCAAAGGACAUCCAAUUGGUGCAACUGGUGUAGCACAAGUGGUGGAAUUGUCGCUUCAGUUACGUGGCCUUGCUGGUGCACGUCAGGUACCAAAUUGCAAGAUUGCAAUGCAGCAUAAUAUUGGAAUUGGUGGUGCUGGUAUGGUUGCAUUAUAUCGAUUAGCUGAACCAUCCCGAAUAAUCGCGACAAAUGCGACAAAUGUUACUGUGAAAAAAACCUUUUUAAGUGAUGCCAUUUUUAAUGAAAUCAAAGAACGUGCAAAAAUGGAAGCAGGUUUAUCCGAGAAAAUAAACAGUUCAUUCAGAUUUGUUUUGACCGGACCAGAUAACGUUAUCAAGAAAUGGACUGUUGAUUUCAAGGUGACACCACCGGUUAUUGCCGAAACGGGUGAAGGUAAUGUAGAUGUCGAAAUGACAAUGAAAGAUUCUGAUUUUGUGAAAAUUGUUACCGGAAAAUUGCGACCUGAUCAGGCAUUUUUGCAGCGCAAGCUGAAAGUUAAAGGUAAUUUGGCGAAAGCACUGAAGCUGCGAAAAUUAGUGCAAUCGGAAAUGUUGAAAGCUAAAUUGUAAUGGUUAAAGUUUAUACUAUUAACUCAUUUUGCUUGUGGCAGAAAUUCUUUGAAUUUGAAUAAAUUACUUAGCAAUGCUUUCUUUU